AUGGGAACUACAAAAGCAGUUGGUGACUCUUCUGCAUCUCUUUCUCUGGCCCAGCUUACAAAGACUGUCAAUCUGGCUGAAGCCAAUGCUUCUGAGGAAGACAAAAUUAAAGCAAUGAUGUUGCAAUCUGGCCAUGAAUACAACCCAAUCAAUUACAUGAAGAAAAGUCUGGUAGGUCUGCCACCUCCAUCGUACACCUGUUUUCGUUUUGGGAAACCUGGUCAUUAUAUUAAGAAUUGCCCAACAAAUGGGGAUAAGAACUUUGCAACUGGUCCUAGCAUCAAAAAGAGCACUGGAAUUCCUACAAGUUUUAUGAUGGAAGUGAAAGAUCCUAACAUGAAAGGUGCAAUGCUCACCAACAGUGGAAAAUAUGCAAUACCGAUUAUAGAUGCAGAGGCCUAUGCAAUUGGGAAGAAAGAGAAACCACCCUUCUUACCAGAGGAACCAUCCCCAUCUUCAGAAGAAGGUGAUCCUAUCCCAGAGGAGCUCUUGUGCCUCAUCUGCAAAGACAUUCCUACAGAUGCAGUUGUGAUUCCAUGCUGUGGAAACAGUUACUGUGAUGAAUGUAUAAGAACAGCCCUCCUGGAGUCCGAUGAACAUACAUGUCCAACAUGUCAUGAAAAUGAUGUUUCUCCUGAUGCUUUAGUUGCCAACAAGUCUUUACGGCAGGCUGUUAAUAACUUUAAAAAUAAAACUGGCUAUACAAAAAGACUACGAAAACAGUGGGAAGCAGAUGGGGUGACAAGACUAGUGGUUAGAGACCUAACAGUCACUGUGUGGAUCUCUGAAGCCAGCUUUGGCUGGUGCUUAAGACUGCCUUCUGUGCACCGUGUGGCUGCAGCAGCCUGGUUCUGCUGCAGGCAUCAGCAGCAGGCCAAGGGGAUAAGUGGCCUCUUCUACCUGGCUGUGGCGUGCUCAGUCCAGAGCCUGGCUGCAUCUAAUCUUGGCUCCUCACGUUUCCUCAGCCAUUGGAUGGGGAUGUAUGGAGAUGGAGAAUGA